UCCGAUUCUGGCUGUUCUUUAUUCAUGUUAGCCGUAAAAACAAAGUAUUUUUGUUUGGAAACGUCUAUUUGUUAUGAUUUCAUGCUGAGGAAAAGCCGCACAUUAAAGCGAAUAUGGAAUUUGCAAAAGUAGCUUGUCUUGUGUGUGUAAGAAGAAUACUCUCUGCUGGAGUUCCAUCGUCAAUCUUGAAGUCUAGAAGUCCAAUCAGCCGAUACCUUUCAACUGUAUCGCAACCUGAGAGAUCGGAUGUUGAGUUUCAAACAACUGUUGCAGACAAGCGGAAGAGUGUGUUGGAUCCACUGCAGCACCCCGAUUACUUCAGAGUGCACGAGCUGUUCACGGUCCAGGAUCUGUUCGAAGCGAGGGUCCACCUGGGCCACAAGGAAGGCUCCCUGGACGACCGCAUGAAGCCGUUCGUCUUCGGCUCGCGGCUGAGCCACCUGGUGUUCGACCUGGACCUCACCGCCCACCACCUGCGACGGGCCCUCAACUUCACGGCGCACGUCGCGUUCAACGGCGGCGUGGUGCUGUUCGUGUACAGGGGCGCGCACAGCUCCCUGGCGGUGGAGCGCGCCGCGAGGGAGUGCGGGGAGUUCGCGCACACGCGGUUCUGGCGCGGCGGCACCUUCACCAACUCGGAGCGGCAGUUCGGGACGGUGACCCGGCUGCCCGACCUCUGCGUGUUCUUCAGCACGCUCAACACCAUCCUCUCGCAGCACAACGGUGUGCUGGAGGCAGCCAAGAUGGCGAUCCCGUCGGUCGGCAUCGUCGACACGAACUGCAACCCCAACCUCGUCACGUACCCGGUCCCGGGGAACGACGACACUCCCUGUGCCAUCGCCCUGUACUGCAAGCUGUUCACGGAGGCCAUCCGGCGCGGCAAGGAGGAGCGAGCCAGGGUGCUGCAGUUGGCCGGCGCCGAGCUGCCGUCGGACGUUUCGUGAGGAAGCUGCUGUCCCGGUGUGGAAGAACAGUGUUUUAUUGUGUUCGUUAAGACUGUGGUCAAUCCUCCUAACUACAAACUUGAAGGGACCAUAACUUCGACACACCUUUCAGUAACUAGGUUUGUUUUAAUCACAACAAUUGAAUAAAUUAAUUUUAAUUGUA